AUGGAGCUAUCUAAUGGAACCACAGUCCAGGAAUUCAUUUUAUUGGGUUUGGAGAGAGGACAGGAAAAGCGAUUCUAUCUCCUUAUCCUUUUCAGUUUUACAUACGUAAUAACUUUGAUUGAAAACACCAUUAUUAUCAUCCUGGUACAACUAGAUGACCACUUAGCUAAGCUGCCCAUGUACAUCCUCUUGGGAAAUUUCUCCUGGUUGGAAAUGUGCUAUGUGACUACCACCAUGCCUCGUAUGAUCUUUGAUCUGGCUUCCCCUCAGGGAAUCAUCUCCUUCCAAGCCUGUUUCCUUCAGUUCUACGUUUUCUUCUCAUGUGGCAGCACUGAAUGCUUCUUCCUCUCAGCCAUGGCUGUUGAUCGCUACUUGGCCAUAUGCCACCCACUCCGCUACCCAACAAUUAUGUCUUCAAGAAACUGCUCCAAGCUUGUAGUUGGUUGCUGGAUUGCUGGGUUCUUGGGAUACGCCGUCCCAGUGACUUUGAUCUCGAGACUGUCCUUUUGUGGCUCCAAUGUCAUUGACAAUUUUUUAUGUGAUCAAGGCCUCCUGUCCCUGGCUUGUUCACCAUCAAAAAAUGUUUUUUUUAUAAGUCAGAUUUCCAUGAAUUUUUUGAUUUCGUUAGGCAACUUUGCCUUUGUCACUAUCUCCUAUGGUUUUGUCAUUGCCACACUUAUCAAAUCCUCUAACCACCACAGCAGAAAGAAAGCCUUCUCCACCAUAUCCUUCCAUCUCCUGGUGGUGAUCCUUUUCUAUGGCUCUGUGGCAGGAAUGUAUGUAGCUCCAGGUGGAAAAACUCAAUCACGUACUGCUAAAAUAGUCACCGUCUUCUACACUGCUGUUACACCUUUUCUCAACCCCAUGAUCUACUGCCUGAGGAAUGAUCAGGACUGCCACUUGGAUCAAGCGUGA